AUGUUCUCUCGCACGGGCUUCCGCUGUGCCCCUGUCGUCGAGGACGUUGUGGCUGCGUUCAAGGUGCUCGGCCUCGCGUACAAUCCACGCGCACCGGCAUCUAGUCGACCUGGAGUGGACGACGUGCGGCGGCAGUACCUCGAGAUGGCACGACUGCACCACCCCGAUUUGAGCAGCGGCGAUGACAAUCGCAUGAAGGUGAUUAAUACGGCCUAUGAGCUUAUCCAGUCCAGCGGCAUUCUGCAUGGCGCUUACGACGCACCGGCGGGUGCGAGAGAGGGCGUAGCCGGACAGCAAGGAGGCGAAGCCGGAACUGCCACUCGCUUUGCACGCAAGGCUGGCGCGCGUCGGCGCCGCAUGCCAGACGACUUUGCCAGCGGUGACGACUCCUCCUGGUCGAUGAAGACGUCGCUGGACUGGCAAGCGAUUAUGAACAGCACCGAAACGCUGUCGGAUGAAGAGAUGAAGAACCCUGCCAACCACCCGUUCAGUCACAGCAAGUUCUUCACCUUCGAAGAUGAUCUCACAAUCUACCGCAUGAUCUGUGGCGGUGCCACGGUGCGGCAGGUGGCCAGGUCGCUGGGCAAGCCAGCGACGUUCAUUGAGCGACGCCUUCAGAACGCGCAGUUCAAGUUGCGAGUACAGUACGUCCUGCGACAGGACAAGCGCAAGUCGACUGCGGCCUCGUCGAAUGGCGCGGCCUCGUCAGGCUCCAUGCAACAAACCACCUCGACCACGAUAACCGAGCCAGCUACACGUCGCGCGCUUCGCCGCUCUCCGUACGAAGACGCGCAUGUCAGCAGCACUGUGCGAAAGCGGGAGUGGGAACCAUCGUACCCGGAGUGGCGGGCGCCGCGCUACCGUGAUCAAAUGACGCUGGAGGAGCAGGGAAGGCUCGACGGCCUCCUCCGCGAGACGCCUCGCGCCGCCCAUGCGGCUGGUAAAUCAGUAUCAUCGCUCCACAGUGCACGACGCAGUGCUGCUUCCAAGAUGGGCCGCUCGUACGAGAACUACAAGCGGUUGAGACCCAGCUUUUGA